AUGGCGACGGAGCCCGACAGACAAACUAUAUCUAUGCGGACCCGGUCCCCCCCUCCUCUAGGCGGUGAUCCCGGUUCCCACUCCACAGCCGCACCUGGAGGCCAUGACAUACCAGGCCGCAAUGAAGGCCCGAAGCCCAAAGCUAAGAUGGCGGCGGCCACGUGUGAAGAGCCUACUUACAGAGCUCGGAAUAGACCGCUUAUCUCCGCCGCAUAG